GGCCCCGUCCCGUCCAGUCCCGUCCCGCCGCCUGGCCCGGCCAUGCCGCUGCGGCUGGCGCUCUGCCUGCUCGCCCUCUGCAGCCCCGCCGCCGCGCACGGUGGGAUCUGCUGGCUGCAGCAGGGGAAGGAGGCCAAGUGCACCAUGAUCCUGAAGACGGGUGUGACGUGGGAGGAAUGCUGUGCCAAUGGCAACGUGGACGUGGCCUGGUCUAAUUACUCCUAUCCCGGCAACAAGAUCAGCCUGCUGGGCUUCCUGGGGCUGGUGACCUGCCACCCCUGCAAAGAGAGCUGCGAGGGUGUGGUGUGUGGCCCUGACAAGGUCUGCAAGAUGAAGCACGGGCGUCCCCAGUGUGCCUGUGCCCCGGACUGCUCCAGCCUGCCCCGCAAGCUCCAGGUCUGCGGCUCUGACGGCUUCACCUACCGUGACGAGUGCGACCUCCUGACAGCCAAGUGCAGAGACCACCCCGACCUUGAAGUCAUGUACCAGGGAAAAUGCAAAAAGUCCUGCUCCAGUGUGGUUUGCCCCGGCACCCACACCUGCGUGGUGGACCAGACAGGCAGCGCCCACUGCGUGAUGUGCCGGACAGCCCCCUGCCCUGAGCCCACCAGCCUGGACCAUGCUCUCUGUGGCAACAAUAACAUCACCUACCCCUCGGCGUGCCACCUCCGGCGGGCCACCUGCCACCGCGGCCGCUCCAUCGGUGUGCGCCACUACGGGAGCUGCACGGCUGCAGCCAAAUUCUCUUCGGAGACAGACAACGCGGAAGAGAACUACGUGUGAAUCCUCCCUCGGCGUGAGGCCAGACCCAGGAGACAGGGGCAUUAUGUGUAUACUGUACAAACCAUAUACCUGAUAUUUAUUAAGAUAAAAAGAUCCUUAUUUAUACCCAUGUAUGUUAGGCAGCCACAGGGGGCCCGGCUCUGUGUCCUGCCUGCCAGGGAACAGGGGAAGGUGAUCCCAGCCCACGCAAUGCCGAGCGCCCUGGGGAGGCUGCGGUGCCCGGCAGAGCUCUCGGCCAGUGAUGAGGGGGUGUCCACGCUGCUGUGCCUCGGGCCCCCACACGUGUCCUUGGCCGGCAGCCCUGGGCCUAUUUAUUUUUGGAUUGAAUUCUCGGUACUCUGCUGACGUUUCUGGCCGGGACCCUGAGGUCUGGAGGGAAUCGGUGCGUUCGCCUUCCCCGGAGGGGCUCAGCCCCAGCUGCCAGCAGCAGGAAAGGCGACACAGCUCUGCAUGGGACUGGAGACAGAGAGAGAUAUAUUUUUUUAUAUAUAUAUAUAUAUAUAUAUGCAUAUAUAAGUGUAUGUUAUUUUCUCCUCAAUUUUUAGCAUGUGGAUGUUGAAACAGAUUUCAGUUUGGGUUUUGCCAGGCUCAUUCAGAGCAGAUCGCCACCUGCCUUGGGAGGUGGCCAUGGCAGUCCCUGAUGGGGGGCACAACCAUCCCCCCAGGCCAGCUGAACCCAGUGCCCACCACCUAGUGCCCUCCACACCCUCUUUGCCAAAACCACUUUAAAGCAGCCAGGACAUAGGAGAGGUCCGUGGCCCCCCAGGGCAUUUCCAGGGCCAUUGCUGGGCACAGCAUCCAUGCAGUACCCUGAGGUGGCUGUGGGGAGGGGGACAGGAGGUGGGUGAUAGCCCUGUUGCCCCCUGGGGACCCCCAGUCUGGCUCCCCCUCAGCUCUGCAAGUCUCUGCCCUCCCACCUCCCACCCCCUCUGCUCUGUUGACACCGUCUGUAUUUAUUUUUACUUUUCUUAUUUUGUGUGUUGUCACCUCUGUAAAUACCAUCUCAUCUCUGACACCCAGAAGUUAUUGCCUUUAUAUAAAGAUCAUAUAUAUAAUAUAUGUAUAAAA